CACACACACACACGCACACACACGCACACACACGCGCGCACCCCGCCGGCAGGCAGGCAGGCAGGCAGGCAGGCAGGCAGCGGGCGGGCAGCACGGGCUCCGCGGGGCUGCCGGCCCCCGCCGCCGCAUGCGGGUCCCCGCCGCCACCGCCCGCGGCCCCCGCGCCCGCCCCGCCGCCGCCCGCCGCCGCCGCCGUCUGAUGUAGCCGCGGCCCCGCCGAGCCGGGCAGCAGCCGCCGCCCCGCCGCUCCCCGCCGCCCGCCACCAUGUACCUGCACCCGGAGGCUGCCAGCGCAGGGGCUCCCUCCCGCGACGUCCUCCUCGUCUCAGCCAUCAUCACCGUCAGCCUUAGCGUCACCAUCGUCCUCUGCGGGAUCUGCCAGUGGUGCCAGCGCAAACUGGGUAAGCGUUACAAGACUUCCCUGGAGACUGUGGGAACUCCGGACUCCAGCCGAGGCCGCAGUGAAAAGAAAACCAUCAACGAUCUAGACAGAGACUUUUGGAAUAACAAUGACAACACAGUGCAGCAGAAAUGGAGCUCCUACCCUCCCAAGGAGUUUAUACUAAACAUUUCACCUUACGCCCCGUACGGUGAUCCGCGGCUUUCCCUCAAUGGCUCUCUGUUAUCAGGGGCCAAGCUGACGGCAUCGGCCGCCGCGGGGUUGGCGGGGGAGCGCGACGGCCGCCCCGGGGAGAAGCAGCGGCUCGGCGAGGACGGCAUGAGGAGCAGCGUCUCUGCCCACAGCGAGCCCGGCGCGGGGAAGGUGGCGCGAGGCCGCUGGCACACGGUGCAGAGCCACUUGGCCGCAGGGAAGCUCAGCCUGUCCAAUUUCGAGGACUCCACCUUGUCCACAGCCACUACCCUUGAGUAUAUCCCCACCUCAGCAGGCGACCCCAAAUGCCAGAGGCCCCGCACGCUCAUGCGCCAGCAAAGUCUGCAGCAGCCCCUCAGCCAGCACCAGCGCGCCAACCACAGCCAGCCCACCACCAGCCAGAGCCUGGGCCACCUCCAGGCCCACAGCGGCUCCUCCGCCGGCGCCGCCAACCCCCGGGGCUCCCGUGGCGGCCAGGCGCGCCAGGGCAUCGCCGCCGGCUCCAAGCAUCGGACGGCUGGCGGUCGGAGCCGCUCCAAUCCCGGCAGCUGGGACCACGUGGUGGGGCAAAUCCGCAACCGCGGCUUGGACAUGAAGUCCUUCCUGGAAGGCCGGAUGGUGGUGUUAUCCCUGGUUUUGGGACUCUCAGAGCAAGAUGACUUUGCCAAUAUCCCUGACCUGCAACCCGCUGGGACGCAGCCGAACCAGCCGAACGCUCAGGGGGACAAGAGGUUGCCGGCCGGUGGCAAGGCGGUGAACACGGCGCCGGUGCCCGGGCAGCCACCGCAUGAUGAGUCUGACCGCAAGACGGAGCCGCGCUCCUCCGUCUCCGACCUGGUCAACUCCCUGACCAGCGAGAUGCUGAUGCUCUCCCCAGGCUCCGAGGACGACGAGGCCCACGAUGGCGUCAGCCGGGAGAACCUGGGCCGCAUCCAGUUCAGCGUCGGCUACAACUUCCAGGAGUCCACCCUGACCGUCAAGAUCAUGAAGGCGCAGGAGCUGCCGGCCAAGGACUUCAGCGGCACCAGCGACCCCUUUGUCAAGAUCUACCUGCUCCCCGACAAGAAGCACAAGCUGGAGACCAAGGUGAAGCGGAAGAACCUCAACCCGCACUGGAACGAGACCUUCCUCUUUGAAGGGUUCCCCUACGAGAAGGUGGUGCAGCGGGUGCUGUACCUCCAGGUCCUGGACUACGACCGCUUCAGCCGCAACGACCCCAUUGGGGAGGUGUCCAUCCCCCUCAACAAGGUGGACCUCACCCAGAUGCAGACCUUCUGGAAGGACCUGAAGCCGUGCAGCGAUGGCAGCGGAAGCCGUGGGGAACUGCUGCUGUCGCUGUGCUACAACCCCUCCGCCAACUCCAUCGUGGUGAACAUCAUCAAGGCGCGUAACCUCAAAGCCAUGGACAUCGGGGGCACGUCAGACCCCUACGUGAAGGUGUGGCUGAUGUACAAGGACAAGCGGGUGGAGAAGAAGAAGACGGUGGUCAUGAAGCGGUGCCUGAACCCUGUCUUCAACGAGUCCUUCGCCUUCGACAUCCCCACGGAGCGGCUGCGCGAGACGACCAUCGUCAUCACCGUCAUGGACAAGGACAGGCUGAGCCGCAACGAUGUCAUCGGCAAGAUCUACCUGUCCUGGAAGAGCGGCCCCGGGGAGGUGAAGCACUGGAAGGACAUGAUCGCCCGUCCCCGGCAAGCGGUGGCACAGUGGCACCAGCUGAAGGCCUGAGCACCCCGGGACAGCAGGGCUGGGGGUCCCCCCUUCCCAGCACCCGUCACCCUUCCGGGGGGCUCCCGGCAAGGAGCCGAGGGACCGGCAGGACAGCGGCCUGGCUCGCGGGGACCCUGCGGUAGGAGGGGGACGGAGCCUCCCCCCCCCCGCCCCGACCUCCCGCUUUUGCCUCUCCCCAGUGCUGGGGCGUGGGGGGGUCACGCAGCCGCCCAGAACCCCCAGCCGAGAAGGGUGCCAGAAGCGAUGACCCCCGUCCCCGUCCCCAUCCCCAUCCUCGCCACUGGGCAGGACUUCUGCGAGUGCUUCCAGCCCCGGUCCCUGGGACCCCCUCUGCCCCUCCCCGGCCUCACCCCCUUAUUUCAGGGGGCCAGGCUGCGGGUGCCAGAGGGUCCCCCCUCCAUCCCCUCCCCUUUCAGCUCAAUAAAACCUCUCCGAGCCGU